CAUACAAUGCUUUAUACGGUAAUGUAGUUGCGUCGUUGGCAGCUCAACAACGAAGAGCAGAGGGGGUUAAAAGCUGCAUCGUUGCAACGUUGCAGUUAUCCGCCAUUGCUAGGGAGUUAACUUCGGUACUAGGCUAGGCGAGGAUCUCGGUGCUUGCCGCGUGCCCCCUCCCCCUUUCAUCGUGGAAAAAACUAUUUAGUGAUUUCGUGUUACGAUUUUGGGUAUUUUGAGAUCCGGGCGAUUUCGAAUCGGUCUGCGUUCGGAAGAAAUGGAGGAGAAGUGCCAGCCGACGAUGAUUACGACCAGCGAGACGGUGUUACAUGCCAAUCUUCUAACGACGACGGGUCAGCGUCUUACUCCAACAGGGAAAAUCAGCCAUGCCAAAACGCGUGUCUAUACGCAACGAUAUCGUAAAGAAUGGGAGCAAAUGCCUGACUUUAAAGGAUGGUUGACAUCCGUGCCGUUUCAACCAACACGUGCUUAUUGUAUGUAUUGCAAGAAAAAUCUUCACGCGCAUCGACUUUCUUUGUUAAAACAUACAUGUACAAUGAAGCACCAACGUGCUGCACUAUUACACGAAGCAGAAGAAAAAAAAAAGGCAGCAGCCCGAAAGGCAAAUGUAGGAGAAGAGGUUGAAGUAGAAGAGGUUGAGGAAAUUGAGGCUAUUGACCACACUCAAACUGAGAUAGAUGAAAAUGAAGAUGAAAUAGAAUAUGUUGUUGAGAGAUUAGAAACAGAUGACGAACUAGACGAAGUUGAAAUUAAAGAUCCAACAGAAGAUGUUGGUGGCGAAGCUGAAGAUGAAGAAGAGGAAGAAGACGAGGAAGAUGUAGCACAUUUGCAAAUGCCUUCUGACGAAGAAGAUAUUAAGCAUUCUAUAAAAAAGAUCAAGAUAGAAAGAGUGGAAAAUUGUGAGGAUUCUUUGACCGAGGCUAUGGAUCAUAUGCAGAGUGAGUAUCUAGAGGAAGCAGACAAUCAAGGAGCUGUACAGAUGGAAAUGGUUGUAGAAUCGGAAGAUCAAAAUAAUUCAGAAAUGCAAGUUGUGUCAAUUCUUCCUGAUACUGAAGAUUCUAGUAAAGAAUUGCCAAAGGAAUCUCGUGAAAAUGGUAGAGCGAUUAGACGAAGCGACAGUAAAUUAGACAGAAAAUCUGUAAAAUUAUUGCAAGAUGAGUGCAAACAACAAAGGGAUUCAGGGAUAAUGGUGGCAUGUUCAUUACCUAUUUUAGGUACAGCCUAUCAAAUUAAUUCUUCGGUUGCAUCUACUACUAACACUAUUGGUGUGCUUCAGCCUGUGAAUACAAUUCCCAUUGCACCUGCACAAAGUAAAACGAUUACUUUGACGUCAGGUGGCAAAACUCUAACUUUAACAGGUGGUACAUUCCAGCCUGGUACUCAGUAUGUGCUGAGUAAAUUAAAGGGUAAAUUUCCUACAUUGGUAAUGGCUGAUAAGAAAACUGCAAUUGCAGCUAAUCAAGUAGAGGACGCCACAAAAGGCGUUCAAAUAAACAAGGAUCAGCUAGCUGUAGCAAGUACUAGUUAUCAAAAUUCGAAAAAGCAUGUGCUUCUAAAGACUAUUAAGACUCCUGUGAUUAAAAAGCCUCGUAUUUCUACUCAUGUAGUCGAUACAAGUAAAGGUUUACCAAUUGGAGGAUUGCAAGUUAGUCUUUAUAAGUUAAUGGAUGGAAGAUGGACCUUUUUAAAUGAGAGUAAUACGAGUCCGAAUGGUCGUUGUGUAGAUUUGGUGGACAAUAUGAAAGUCAAUUUCACAGCUGGACGUUACAAGAUUCAUUUUGAUGUUGACAAGUAUUUUACGCUAAGAAGGAUAGAAACGAUGUAUCCUUUCAUCGAGAUUGUUUUUGAUGUGAAAAAUCCUGCCGGUCACUAUCACAUACCAGUGCUUCUGAGCCCAUUUGGCUACACUACCUAUCGUGGUUCCGAAAGAUGAACACUAAUCAAGUCAUCGUAUCUACAAAAUAUUUUGUUUCUUUGUAAAGUUAUUAAAUUUCGUAAAAAUAAAUAUUUUUUACGAUUUGAAGUAUUGGUACGAUUUGAGUACGUAAAGGAUUCAAUUUCUCAUUCAGUGGAGCAAUGAAUGUGCGUAUAUGUAUGUUAUAAUGUACGUAUGGAUGUGCGUGUGUGUAUUGUUGUAUGUAAAGAGAAUGGUAUGAAAAAAUGAG